AUGGCACUCUUUUCUCAAACCAGCCUGCAUGGUUUUCAGGCAUUGCUAUGGAAAUGCCGUAUGUUCUGGCCUGUUUCAGGAUGUCCGCAACUGUUUGCUGUCUCUUUCAGGAUCCCCAGUAGGGAAAAGGUUAACUAUUUCAGUUUUAUGACAUCUUCCAGUGCUGCAUUACCAGUGGAUCCCAAAGGAACUGAUGUCGUUCCUUCCAGGAAAAGGUCUGAAAUUGAUUAUGAAGAACAAAAAGCAUGGGAUAAGGAGGCUAAAGAAAUAUCUGAAGGGAAACUUCACUCUUCUUCCUCUGUGGGAGCUCCAAAGAAACAGUUAUCACGUCAUGCUUUGUUAAGGCAUCACCUUACUGCUGUACAGCCUCCAGAAAAACCUUUGCAGGCUGAGGAAUGGAACAGACUGAGGGAAAGCUUUCAAUCACCUGAAAUAUUUGAAGAAGUGAUGCUUAACAGUAUGGUUAAAUGCAACAGCCCCAUUGAUGUGGCCAAGUCCUUGCUGACCCAUGUGGCAAAGAGUAAUGGUGACAUUGCAUAUAUAUUGUUGGUCAAGUAUCUGGUAUUGUGUAUCCAGCAGAGGCAGACUUCAGAAAUUCUUGAUGUGUAUGAUAUAAUGAAAAGCAGGUUUAAGAUACUUGAAAAUGGGGCUUACACCCUUUUUAUCAGGGGGCUGAGUAAUUCAGAUCAGUGGAGGAAGGCCUUGACUAUUUUGGAAGAAGUAAAAAAGAUGACAAUUCCCUCACGAGCACACUAUGAGUCCUGUAUCAAAGCAGCCAGCCGUCACCAAGAAAUGAACCCCGCAUUUGAACUUUACCAUGAAAUGCUGUCUAAGGGUUUGGUCCCAACCUUGGAUGUCCUGCAGGCCUUUUUUGACUUCAGCAGGGGUAUGAAAGGUGCUGAUGUACAAAAAGAGCUGUUUGGCAUCCUCUUAUAUUUGAGAGAGAACCAAUUAUAUCCUCACAAAACAUUUAUGCGGAGUAUAAAGCUGUGGUUUGAAAGUAUACCAGAAAGCAACUGGAGAGGACACCUAACCAACAUUAAAGACAG